GGUAACACGGAAUACAAACGACGUGUUCAAGCUACAAAUCCGGCACGGCUGCGAUCUCUAGCCACUCAGAUGUCCUACCGUAUGGACGAGGGCAACGGUAUCGGCGUGUACCGUGUCGGUGUCGAAGAUGAUGGUUGUCACUCAUUAUUGCCCUACGCCGACAUCGCGGAAUCGUGUAGGGUAUUGGAGUGCCUUGCUCGCUCACUGAAUGCGGUAGUUCGGGAACGCAAAAUGGUUCAAGGCGAAGUAGAUUUGGGUGAGGAUGGGAAUGCUGUGGCUUGUGCUAAAUCAGUGUAUCCCGUGACAACAUUGUCGGCACGGAAUAUUCGUGUUGCAGUUGUUGGAAACGUCGAUGCAGGCAAGUCGACUCUGAUUGGGACAUUGACGACAUCCUGUUUGGACGACGGUCGCGGCAAAUCGCGUACUUCGAUUAUGAAGCACCGUCACGAGAUCGAAAGCGGCCGUACCUCGACGGCGACGACACACCUGAUGGGAUUUCGGUCUUCUGGCCAACCAAUUACUGGUCGUGACCAAGUCCGUGGGAGCAAACGCAAGACUGAAGAUGAAGUUGCGCGCGAGUCUUAUAGAGUUAUUACACUAAUGGACUUGGCGGGGCAUGAGAAAUAUCUCAAGACAACAAUUCACGGUGUUUCCUCAGGGUUCGCGGAUUAUUCACUAAUUUUGGUCAAUAGCCGUCACCCUCCGACACAUAUGACACAGCACCAUCUGAAUCUUUGUUGUAGUUUUGGUAUUCCCGUAAUUGUGGUGUUUACAAAGAUCGACGGCUGUCCUGAGCAUGCUUUCAAAACGUCAAAAGACGAAGUGAUGAAGAUGCUACGUUCACCGGAGAUUGGAAAAAAGCCCUUCGCCGUCCGCAAUGAAGCAGAUAUUGAGACAGUGAUUGAAAAACUACACACUCUGGCACCCAUGAUAGAGACUUCAUGUGUCACAGGAGAAGGUGUGGAUCUGUUGCAGAAGAUGUUGUUUGCUUUACCAAAACGCCGGCGUCACGAGAAUAAGGCCAAGCGCACUUUUGAGUUUUUGGUGGAAGACAUUUUCAAUGUACCCGGUGUUGGUGCAGUGGUUUCAGGCUUUGUGAACGCAGGACAGCUUCAGGUAGGGUCAAAUUGCCAUGUCUAUGUCGGGCCUACCGAUGAUGGAAGCUUCAUGAAGACGGUUGCCAAGUCGGCUCACAUCGCACGCAUCAACACGGCCCACGUUACUGCUGGCCAGUCUGCGUGUUUGGCCCUUGCCUUGAACAAAGAUAUGAAGCGUCGACUACGGCGCGGAAUGGUAGUCUUGGAGGAGAGCCCAACCUCUACACGCCAGUUCGACGCCGAAAUUUGUGUCCUCAAGGGAGAAGGAACUACAAUACGUCGAUCGUACCAGGCCUACGUCCAUAUUCUUAACGUGCGACAGAGUGCUUUUGCGAAAAGUAUCGAAAUAGAAGCUGGGUCGAUUGUGCUUCGUCCGGGUUCUCGUGCUAAAGUGAAGUUUGAAUUCAGUCAACGUCCGGAGUACAUUCGCCCCGGAAUGCGAAUGCUUUUCCGUGAUGGCCGUGUCCGUGGUGUAGGGAUCAUAACUGCAGUACCCGAUUCAGGACCUGCUCCAAUAAUUGUCAAGUAG